UAAAAAUGGUGAGAUCGAAUUCAUCUACUGGUAAUAAGAGUAAAAAAUCAACCCAAAGUGUGAAGAUGAAAAAAUCAAAUUCUAAAAGCUCAAAAUCAAACACAGUUUUGGGACCGAUGGAUUUUUAUGUUAAACGGACUGAAACUUCAACAAAUCCAUCAUCUCCUCCUCCACCACCAUCAUCCUCUUCAUCUUCAUCAUCACCUACAUCAUUAUCAUCAACUACAACAACGACGACAACGACAACAACAGUCACCGAAUCAGCAACAGUUUCUAAUGUUUCAUCAUCAACUCGGUCACAUACUAAUCGGAAUAAAAAUUUUCGCACCAAAUAUGCUAAUGUUUGUGGGGAAACUGGACUUUCCGAUGUAACAUCAAUCGUCCGUGAAUGGGUAGAAACGGAACUUGACCUGAUUGACGAAGAUGUCGCUUAUAUUUUAAAAUUUUUCUACGAUCUAAUUGAGGAGAGAAAUUAUAUUUUUCUCGCCUCAGUCAUACAAGAUUUUUAUUCCGCCAUAAAUUCCCGUGGAGAUUAUCAAUGGAAAGAAGCUUUUAACAACAUUAUAAAUUCUAUUCAAAGUGACCUGCGUUUGGACUCCGCUUUACCUCAAGAUUUAAUUCUACCAACAUUUGAUGUCUAAUCAAAGAAUUGGAGACAAUUAAUGUUUAAUUAACAUCCAAGGAAAGGAAAAUCUUGGAAACAAUUAAAGUGAAGGUGAAAUUAACCAAAGGAAAGAAUUAAUUUCUUCUAUAAAAAAACUGUUUCCUGUCAUGAAAAUGGUUCCAUGUUCAGAGUUAAUUUACUUUAAUCAUCCAAAUUUUGUCCAUAAAACGAACAAUUUUCACAAUCAACUUUUCCUCCUUCUCAUCAUCUGUCUUCCAUUUCCCUCUCUUUCUUCUUUGUGUUUCUUCAUUUAUCUUCUCUUUCUACUUUUCUCUUUCUCUUCUUCUCAUCUUCUCUCUCUUCCUUCAACUCCACCUUUAAACAUGCAAUUGGUUUAAGAUAUGAUUUCAUAAUUGACUUUAUCUCUUCCAUUCUCAACUGUUCCCUGUUUUCUUUUCCUGUGAUUAACUCUAAUUCUCAGCAAUAACAAUCAACUAAUUAUUAUUCCAUCAUCAUCAUGCCGGACAACAAAAAGUUAAUCGCUAAAUUGGGACUAGAUUUACUGGCCACUCUAUUAGUUGGUCUUCCAUUUUUUCUCUUCUAUUUUAUUGGUGAUCCUUAUGUACGUGGCUUCUAUUGUGACGAUGAAUCAAUUCGCUAUCCUUUCAAAGAAUCAACCAUUUCCUCUGGAUUACUUUUCUCAGUGUCAAUUAUUACAUCACUUUUGGUGAUAAUGACCACUGAGUUUAUGUCCUUACCUGGUAUGAAUAUUAUGAAAAGAGGAAGUGGAAACAAUGGCGGCCAACCGAUUAUCCAAUUUAUCUGGACUUUGUACCAUCAAUUAAUUGUCUUCGCUUUUGGUGCAUUAGCCUCACAAACAUUAACCGACAUUGCAAAAUAUUCUAUUGGUCGAUUAAGACCUCAUUUUAUCAGUGUUUGCGAUCCAAAUGUUAAUUGUGAUGAACCUCGAAACAAGUAUAGAUACAUUGAAGAUUACAGUUGCCUUACUAGUGAUCGAUUAAGAGAUUCCCGUUUAUCCUUCAUGUCGGGACAUUCAUCUUUCUCUGCUUAUUGUGCUGUUUAUAUUGCUAUUUACCUCCAAAAUCGUGUUAAACAUCAAAAACUUGCUCUACCCAGAGCUUUCCUUCAAGUCCUCGUAAUCUAUUUAUCUAUUUACACUGGUUUCACUCGUAUCUCUGAUUAUAAACACCAUUGGUCUGAUGUCCUUGUUGGAUUAUUUCAGGGAGCCUUGGUUGCAAUUUUAACCACUCGAUUUGUGGCCAAUCUAUUUAGAUUCACAAUUUCAGCUUCUGGUUUAUCGGCGGUGGCAGUGGAAAAUGCAUCAGUCAGUGAAGAUCUUAAACAAAGAGGAAAUAAUUUCGCAACUUUUGAAGUUGAUCAUGAACCUGCUUAAAUUUUUAUUCUACUUCAACUUUUUUCUUCAUAUAAUUGUGAAUAUAAAUCAUCAACAACCCUAAUCAAAUGUCGACAAUUUAAUCUAUUCUACUACAACCUUGGAGAAAUUAGUCAUCUUUGCAUUUAUCCAUCCAAUUAACAUCAUCAAUGAAAUUUCAUUAAUUGAAGUUAUAUUUGAUUAAAUACAAGGAGAAAAAAAUCUAUUCCAUCAAAAACGAUUAACCAAAUUGUCUUCUGAAUCAUGCCUUCAUUAUGGUUAUCAACAACAACAACAAUCAAUUGAUUUUGCUAUACAAAGUUUAACCAAUUAAUUCAUCAACAUUGGAUUUAAAUGUCAUCAAGAUAAUUGUUUUGUUUUA